AUGACGCUGGACCCGCCAUCUCCAGGGCAGCGACUGCCCAGUGCGAACGUCGUGCUUUUUGCCGCUCAACUCGCGGUCUCUAUCGGCGUCUUCAUGUUCGCUCCUGACGGAUCUUGGGCGCCUUCUACUCGUCCUGACGCCAGGAUCGCAGGCUCGGGAGGAGCCACCGACAGCAGCGGAUCAUCGACUCAAGCGCCUUCUUUUCACGUUCCUACAGUCUCCAGUGUAUUGGAAACCAAUCCACUGGCCCCUCCCGCCUACGUGUUCUAUAUAUGGAUUCCCAUCUACAUCUUUAUGGGCAUCACAGUCAUCGUGGACCGCUUCUACCCGACCUACAGCUUCUACUCGACGUCGGAUGAUCCCACUUUCCUUCGCCAAUGGUUCCAGCUCGCCUGCUUGGCCAAUAUGUCGUGGGUGAUACUGGACAAAUGGUUCAGCUGGAUACACAUGGCUACAUUUGCACUUGGAGUGCUCUGGUGUGCAGUGCUCCCACUGUACCUGUUCAUCGUGCGUCACCCCACGCCACGAUUCUCGAAGACUUGGAUCUACUAUUUCGGCAGUGAAUUCUCCGUGCGACUCUACUUUGGAUGGCUCAGUGCUGACUUCAUUUUCGGCCUUGCAGACGUGAUGCAGUAUCUGCACGACACUUAUUUUGGAUUUAGUGUCUACGCUGCGUUAUUGGGGGCGCUGCUCGUGCUGGCGUUUGCUACGUACGUUCACGGUCGAGACCCGGUAGUCGGUCUUGUCGUUACAUGGAGUCUGCUGGGCUUACUCUUGAAGCACUCGACGUUCCCAGGUGAUACGCAAGAGGUUUUUGAAAAGCUGCAGGCUGUUGCCAUCGUCGUCGUGCCUGUGUUUCCGAUUCUAGUUCUCAUCGACGCUGUGCGUUAUGUCUAUGUCGUUCGUCAUAAAACGAACCCAACCAGCCGCAGCAGCAGUAGCGGAUACUACAAAUCAUUUGUGUUCGAGACCACGGCCGAGUAUGGGACCGUGUGA